UGUACCUCAUGGAACAUUAAGGAACAGUCUUCAUAAGGGCAUAAGGGCUGCUGUUCUUGUGACUAAACGCUAUUAAUAUAGUGCCCCAAUGGGGACAGUCUGAGUUACACACUAUUUAGAGUAACUCAAAUUGAUUCCUCAGUUUUUAAUUAAUAGCAUAUUGGUGUUUUAAAUAAAGUAUUUCCAGAAGAGUAAAAAGGGCUUUAAUUAAAUCUGAGUCAUUUUAAAGGAAAUACAUGAUCAAAAAAGAGUAAAAAUGUGCCUCAAAAUAGACAUAAGUGGCUUAAAUGAAUGUUAAAACUAUAAAAAUCAAAAUAAUGUAGAAUGCACAUACUAAUUUGGAAACAGGUAAAACAGACAGAUAUAAGGGUUUUAUUUGUAGGGGGAGGGUCUGUAAAGUUAAUUAUGUGAACUUCUGAGUUGUAACUAUGUCUUUUUACAAUCUACUCUCUACUCAGUUUCCUUCUUUGGGGAACAAUGAUUUAGAUAUCCUGAAAAUGUCUCAUCAGUAAGUUGAACAAGAAAAACAGGAGCUUUAAGAACAAGAUUCAAGAUGAAACAACACAAGUUUUGAAUAUUUUAUAAGUAGCUAAAGGCAGAAAAAGUUACCAAUUAUCUCAGACUUCCAGAAAGUUAAAAAAAAAAAAAAAACAACUAAAGUCUUAAUUGAAAAGAAGAAGAAAGAAAGACAUGAAGAAAGAGAUAGAGAAUGCAUGUUGAGAAUGGAGACAGCACUGUUGGCCACCCCAGGCCUGUCUUCCUGUUCACCGUGGGCAGCAGAGGGAUGGCUGCUCAGCUGCUGACUGAUGAGGCACUGGAAUCAGUGACGUUCAGGGAUGUGACUGUGGACUUCACCCAGGAGGAGUGGCAGCAGCUGGAGCCUGCCCAGAAGGACCUGUACAGGGAUGUCAUGCUGGAGAACUACAGGAACCUGGUCUCACUGGACUGGGAGACUAGACCUGAAAUGAAAGAGUUGGAUCCAAAGAAUGACAUUUCGGAAGACAAGCCCUCCAUUGUUGGGGUGGCUACGGGGGGACCCAUGAGGAAUGGUGCCAGGGGUCCUGGCUCAGAAGGAGUGUGGGAACCAGGCAGCUGGCCAGAGAGGCCGCGGGGAGAUGCAGGUGCCGAGUGGGAGCCAUUGGGAAUUCCCCAUGGGAACAAACUCUUGGGGGGCUCAGUACCCGGAUGUCAUGAACUGAAGGCAUUUGCCAACCAAAGCUGUGUCCUGGUCCCACCACGGCUGGACGACCCCACAGAAAAGGGGGCCUGUCCACCCAUAAGGCGUGGCAAGAACUUCUCCAGCACUUCAGACCUCAGUAAGCCCCCCAUGCCCUGCGAGGAGAAGAAAACCUAUGACUGCAGCGAGUGUGGCAAGGCCUUUAGCCGAAGCUCGUCCCUGAUAAAGCACCAAAGGAUCCACACGGGAGAAAAGCCGUUUGAGUGCGACACCUGUGGGAAGCACUUCAUCGAGCGCUCGUCCCUCACCAUCCACCAGCGGGUGCACACGGGCGAGAAGCCCUAUGCCUGCGGGGACUGCGGCAAGGCCUUCAGCCAGCGCAUGAACCUCACUGUGCACCAGCGCACGCACACGGGCGAGAAGCCGUAUGUGUGCGACGUGUGUGGGAAGGCCUUCCGGAAGACCUCCUCUCUCACCCAGCACGAGCGCAUCCACACGGGGGAGAAGCCCUACGCGUGCGGGGACUGCGGCAAGGCCUUCAGCCAGAACAUGCACCUCAUCGUGCACCAGCGCACGCACACCGGGGAGAAGCCGUACGUGUGCCCCGAGUGCGGGCGAGCCUUCAGCCAGAACAUGCACCUGACCGAGCACCAGCGCACGCACACCGGGGAGAAGCCGUACGCCUGCAAGGAGUGCGGCAAGGCCUUCAACAAGAGCUCCUCGCUCACCCUGCACCAGAGGAACCACACCGGCGAGAAGCCCUACGUGUGCGGCCAGUGCGGCAAGGCCUUCAGCCAGAGCUCCUACCUCAUCCAGCACCAGCGCUUCCACAUCGGGGUGAAGCCGUUCGAGUGCAGCGAGUGCGGCAAGGCCUUCAGCAAGAACUCCUCGCUCACGCAGCACCAGCGCAUCCACACCGGGGAGAAGCCCUACGAGUGCUACAUCUGCAAGAAGCACUUCACGGGGCGCUCGUCCCUCAUCGUGCACCAGAUCGUGCACACCGGGGAGAAGCCCUACGUGUGCGGCGAGUGCGGCAAGGCCUUCAGCCAGAGCGCCUACCUCAUCGAGCACCAGCGGAUCCACACCGGCGAGAAGCCGUACAGGUGCGGCCAGUGCGGGAAGUCCUUCAUCAAGAACUCUUCCCUUACUGUGCACCAGCGGAUCCACACGGGCGAGAAGCCCUACCGAUGCGGCGAGUGCGGGAAGACCUUCAGCCGGAACACGAACCUGACGCGCCACCUGCGGAUUCACACCUGAGCCCCUCUGUGCAGGGCUCUCCCUGGGGGUGCUCGGGACGGACGCCAGAUGGGUGCGCGCUUUGUCAGCAGUGCUGUGAGAAGUUCUCCCCUGGGGUGGGGACUCGGGGUCAGGGGAGCUCAGGAAUGUGGGGUUGUGGAGGGGCUGGCUGAUCACACAUGCCCCUCCUUACUGAGCCUCAGAAAGCAAGCCCCUCGGUGUCUGACGUAUCUGGGGACACUUCAAGGUUCACUGUAGCUGAGCCGUGGCCGCUGGUAACACAUCAGGGUUCCAGACUAGCCCUCUGAGUAACUGUACUACAAGCUUGGACAGGGCAUGCCUGCCUCAUGUCUGUUUCUUCAGUGGGAAAGUGGAGCUGGUGGAGGGGAGGGAGGAGACAUCUCCCCCUUUGUCAGAUACACCCUGGAGUCCAGAUGCAGCUUGUCACCAUCUGCAUUUUCUCGGUGGGUUGGGAGCUUGAGGGCCUUCCUAUCCCUCCACCCACCAUUUCCCUGCAGUGCGCGCUGGCAGCCACCAAGCUAGGAAGUGGCAGGAGUUUGCCGGUUGUUUGUGAGGGGAAAAAAAUUUCUUUUCAGAGUUAGCAAAUAACAGUAACUACUGCUUUGAAUGCCAAAGUUUCUUAGAGUGGUCUGUUACAUUUUUUAAAAAUAAAACUGUUAAUUAAGGGAAA